GUGGCUGCACAAGCUGAUAGGCUUACCAGAGAGAGAGAGCGCGCGAACGCGAGCUUCGAUGGAGUCAACCAUAUCCAGGACUCUCUCUCUAUCUUCAUCUCCAUCCUCCCUCAACCCCUUCGUCUUCCGCCUCCACCGCUACGUCUCCCGGUCGCCGCACCGCCGAUGCCUCCCCUCGCGGCUCAUCGCCCACCGGCUCCGCUGCAUCUACGCCGACCGCAUCCGCACCCCGACCCUCGCUCCGGUCCCGUCCCUGUCCCCUCCGGCGGCUCCCGCGAGGUUCCGCUUGCGCUGCGUUUCGAGCUCCGCUGCUCCUCUCGGCGCAUUCGGUGGACCCGGCGGCGGCGGCGGUAGUGGCGGCGUAGGAGGCGGCGGCGGCGGCGGCGGUGGCGGAGUCGACGGUGAGGAUGGGAAGGCGAAAUCGGUCGUGGAUGGGGCCGAGGAGGCCUCAGCUGUUUCCUCUGAUGUCAUAAUUCUCGACGUCGGAGGAAUGACCUGUGGGGGAUGUGCAGCGAGUGUGAAGAGAAUUCUGGAAAAUCAACCAAAAGUAUCAUCCGCCAGUGUCAAUCUUACAACCGAGACAGCAAUUGUAUGGCCUGUAUCUGAAGCUAAGGCUGUGCCUGACUGGCAAAAAGAGUUGGGAGAAACACUUGCUAAACACUUGACGAAUUGUGGCUUUGAGUCUAACCCACGAGAUGGAGGAGGACACAAUUUUUUCAAAGUUUUUGAGAGAAAGAUGAAUGAAAAGCAUGAUCGCCUCAAAGAAAGUGGUCGCCAGCUUGCAGUUUCGUGGGCACUAUGUGCUGUUUGCCUCUUGGGCCAUCUCUCACAUUUCUUUGGAGCUAAGGCUCCUUGGAUCCAUGCUUUUCAUUCGACUGGAUUUCAUCUGUCCUUAUCAUUGUUUACCUUGAUUGGUCCGGGCCGUGGACUUAUCUUUGACGGUCUGAGAAACCUUUUGAAGGGGGCUCCAAACAUGAACACUUUGGUUGGUCUUGGGGCUUUAUCAUCAUUUUGUGUCAGCACAUUGGCUACCUUGGUGCCAAAACUGGGUUGGAAGGCAUUCUUUGAGGAACCCAUAAUGUUAGUAGCAUUUGUCUUGUUGGGAAGAAACCUUGAACAAAGAGCUAAAAUCAAAGCCACGAGUGAUAUGACUGGACUUUUAAGUAUUCUACCCUCAAAAGCUCGUCUAUUGGUUUCUGGUGAUGAAGAAGACUUGGGCUCAAUUGUGGAAGUUCCUUGUAACACUCUGGCUGUUGGAGAUCGGAUUGUUAUACUACCUGGAGACCGUGUUCCUGCAGAUGGUGUAGUGAGAGCUGGUAGAAGCACUGUCGAUGAAUCUAGUUUUACAGGAGAGCCGUUACCAGCAACUAAAUUACCGGGGAGCCAAGUUGCUGCCGGAAGUAUAAAUCUUAAUGGCACACUUACAGUUGAAGUGCAAAGGCCAGGUGGUGAGACUGCUAUGGGAGAUAUAGUUCGUCUUGUAGAAGAAGCACAGACCAGGGAAGCUCCUGUACAGCGGUUGGCUGACAAGGUGUCAGGGCAUUUUACUUAUGGAGUAAUGGCUCUCUCUGCUGCUACAUUUGUAUUCUGGAACGUGUUUGGUUCACGAAUUCUACCUGCUGCUCUUAAUCAAGGAAGUUCUGUAUCUUUGGCUCUGCAGCUUUCAUGCAGUGUCCUGGUAGUUGCAUGUCCAUGUGCACUUGGCUUGGCCACACCUACUGCUGUGCUCGUUGGAACUUCACUCGGAGCAACAAAAGGUUUGCUUUUACGUGGUGGAAGUGUUCUGGAGAAGUUUUCCAUGGUAAACACGGUUGUGUUUGAUAAGACCGGGACCUUAACGCUUGGCAAACCUGUUGUGACAAAGGUUGUGACCCCAGGAUGUGCACAACCAAUAGAUUCCAGACAUAAUUCAGAUGACACAUGGUCAGAAGUUGAGGUUCUUCAGUUUGCUGCUGGAGUUGAAUCAAAUACAAUUCAUCCUGUUGGCAAAGCAAUUGUAGAAGCAGCUCAAGCUCGGAAUUGCCCAAAAGUGAAGGCGGUAGAUGGAACUUUCAUUGAAGAACCUGGUUCUGGUGCAGUGGCAGUUAUUAACAACAAAAGAGUUUCUGUAGGGAACUUGGAAUGGAUUAGGAGGCAUGGAGUCGAUGCAGACAUCAGACUGAUGGAAGAGCCAAAGAAUCAGUCUGUCGUCUAUGUCGGAGUAGAUAAUAGUCUUGCUGGUCUUAUAUAUAUCGAGGAUCAAAUCAGAGAAGAUGCUAGGCAUGUUGUAUCAUCAUUGUCCAAACAUGGAGUUGAUGUAUACAUGCUAUCAGGGGACAGAAGAAGUACUGCUGACUAUGUUGCAUCCAUGGUUGGCAUUCCCUUGGAAAAGGUGAUUUCUGGGGUUAAACCAGAUCAAAAGAAGAAAUUCAUCAGUGAAUUACAGCAGGAUGAUAAAGUUGUAGCUAUGGUUGGUGAUGGGAUAAAUGAUGCUGCUGCCUUAGCUUCAUCACAUGUUGGAGUGGCAAUGGGCGGUGGUGUUGGAGCUGCUAGUGAGGUGUCUUCUGUUGUCCUGAUGGGAAACAGGCUCUCUCAGUUGCUUGAUGCUUUGGAGCUGAGCCAGCUGACUAUGAAAACUAUCAAGCAAAAUCUUUGGUGGGCAUUUGCCUACAACAUUGUGGGGAUUCCAAUUGCUGCUGGAGUGUUGCUGCCAAUGACUGGGAUAACACUCACUCCCUCAAUUGCUGGAGCUCUCAUGGGACUGAGUUCAGUUGGUGUGAUGGCAAACUCAUUAUUGUUGAGGUUCAAAUUUUCCUCAAAACAAAACAAGAUAUCUAGAUUGCCCUCAACAAUCUAUUUGAAUACCAAUGUUGCAGACCAGAAAACGGAAAUGAAGAGCUUUUCUAAUGCUACCUGGAGGGAAACUCGAUAAUCAAGGGAUGGACAUUUUGACACGCUAACAGAAAUCAUCUCAGCCAAAGAACAUGCACACAUGCAUCCUUUCUCGAACACUGAGGAUUCAGAAGAAAACAUUGAUUCAUCAUUUUUAAGGUCUCUAAUUCAAAACCAAACAUGAAACUUUUGGUUUCAUUCAGCUCCUUUAUGGAAGAUGGGUAAAUUCCCAGAUUUCUGUCAACCAAAAGCUUCGUGGAUGCUCAUUGAGACUGGCUGAGAUGUCUACAUAGGAUAUUCCUUUGACGUGCCUUCCUGAGAUGCAUGAAAAGGGUGGAAAGGUUGAUUCCUGUGAAGUAAGAUUUUUGUAUAGUCUAUCAACUGUGCUCACGUCGUUACAAAGGUUGGGUGUACACCAAACAGAUUGUAGCCGCAAGCUGUAUUUGUUCCAGCAACUCUUUCCUCAUUUAUUGCUUUGCUCAUAGCUCUGGUAUUCAAAACUCGAAAAGGAAGAUGUAGGACUUACCUUGAAAAUUGCCUGACGAUAUUGAAGUGCAGAGAUUUACACGAGGUCCA